AUGGAUUCAUUCAAAACAACAGUUGAUGAUUGCGCGAUAAAUUCCAAUGCUAGAGUGUUGUCAAUCCCACUUACACGAUGUGAUGAUCAAAUAUUUAAUGGAGUUUUCAAACAAGAAAUUAUUGGCGAUCAAGUAUUUAAUGGAGUUUUCAAACAAGAAAUUAUUGGCGAUCAAGUAUUUAAUGGAAUAGUAAAACAGGAAAAUAUUGAUAAUCAAGUUUUCAAUAGAAAAAUUACAGAUGAAAUUAAUGAUGAAAGAGACCAUCACAAUGAUAGUCAUUUACAAAAAAGAACUAAAACUGAAGAAGAAAGAAACACAAUUGACACGAAAAUUAAAGUAGAAAGAGAUUUCGUUGACCAUUAUGAAUAUCAAGGAACAUCAAUUUUAACUGAAAGCAACUUUUCAGAAUUUGCAAAUUUGGACUUGACAUCUAACCGCUCAACGAAAAAUCAAUUGACUGAUAACCGUGGUAAAAUAUCUACAGCACUCAAUUUAACUGUGGAUACAAUAACACACACGUAUAUAUGUGCUAUUUGUGAUAGAUCUUUUUCUCGGAAAAAAAAUUUAAGAUCCCAUAUAGCCACACAUUCCAACACAAAUCCGUAUACAUGUAACAUCUGUAAUACAGGGUUUUCAAGGAAAAGUAAUUUAACAGUGCAUACAAGGAAACAUACAGGCGAAAAGCCAUUUAAAUGUUAUAUAUGUGAUAAAUUAUUUUCUCAAUCAAGCAAUUUAAGAACACAUAUGAGGGUACAUACCGGAGUAAAAACAUAUAUCUGUGAUAUCUGUAAACGUCCUUUUUCUCACAAACCAAGUUUAAGAAGGCAUUUAAUAACUCAUACUGGUAUAAGGCCAUAUAAAUGCAAACUCUGUGAAAAAGCCUUUUUUCAGAAAUCUCAAUUAAUAGCGCAUAUAAGGACUCAUACCGGCGAAAAGUAUGAAUGUAAUAUCUGCAAAAAAGCCUAUAGUCAUGCAUGUUCUUUAACAGUACAUAAAAGGACACAUACCAGAAUAGACUCGUAUAAAUCUGACAUCGGUGGUAAACUUUUUUCUGGAGCAAAAAGUUUAACAAGGCAAACGCAGGCAUGUACUUGCGAUAUCUGUGGAAAAACUUUUUCUUCGAAAAGUAAUUUAACGGCACAUAAAAGGAGGGGUUCCUAUAAAUUCACACAUUCUAAAUUGCCAUAUACAUGUAACAUCUGUAAUACAGUGUAUUUUCAUAAAUGUCAUUUAACAGUACAUACAAGGAAACAAACCGCUGAACCGCCAUUUAAAUGUUAUAUCUGUGAUCGAUUAUUUUCUCAAUCAAACAAUCUAAGAAGGCAUAUAAAGAUGCAUACCGGAGAAAACAAAUCUAAAUGUAAUAUCUGCGAUAAACUGCUUUCUAGAUCUAGUUUAGCAGAUCAUGCUAAGAUUCAUGCCGGAGUAAAAACAUAUAAAUGUGAUAUCUGUAAUAGUGCUUUUUUUCAAAAACAAGGUUUAAGGAGGCAUGUGAAAACACAUACUGGUAGAGCUGUAUAA